AUGAAUGAUCUACAUGAGGAUGCUCCCUACCAAGAUGUCUUCAACUGGACCUUGGCGCCGACCAAGCAAGCACCAUACAGCUUGACUGGAAUUCUUCCCAACACCACUCUGGCGGAUACGGACAUGGUUGUCAGCAUGGAUUCGUGUAAUUCUUCAAUCGAAACCAAGGACUGGCUCGCUUGGAUCAUCGUAAUGCCGUGGGACGAAACAGCCGGAUGGAACUGGACCCAGCCCACCGUUGGCUUGCAGUUCGAUAGCCGCACUGCAAAUUUCACACUCGACGGAUAUUUUCUGGCCCAGCCAUUCAUUAAAGAAAACUCCACCUAUCAGUACCUUGACGAAGGUAAUAUCCGCCUGGCAUCGGCGAAGGGGCCCGAUGUCACCAUGGGAAAGAUUAGCAUCAAAUUCGAAGGUGUCAUUGAUUCCUAUCAUUCCGAUGUCCUGGUUAAUAACAGUGCAACUCCCACUUGGUUGAAGUCAGUCGGGUUCGGCAAUAACUCGAUGAAUAUUGGGAACGGAAGUACAUUGAGCGCUGGGCCCCGUCAGAGCUGGGUCGUUGCGGUCUUUGUGGUGCUUUUCGCAUCCAUGUUAAUGUAUAUUUAA